AUCCUCUUGUUGAGUGUUCUCUCUGUAAUGUUUACUCUUUUUAUUUUUUGCAGAUGACAUUUUGGGCCGCUACAGAAUUGUAAAAAAGCUUGGUCAGGGAGGAUACGGGACAGUGUUCGAAGCAGUUCGUGUGAGGGACGGUCUUGAGGUAUUUUUUUUUACUCUCUACAUCUAGCAAAAUAUUUCUCUCAGUGUCUGUUCAAGUCUGGUUAUUGUGUCACAUGACAUUGAAAAAGUUGAAUGACUGUGAUGAUUUGAGCUCAGAGCAAGAAUUACUAAUGUUUUGUUUUGUUGAUCAGGUGGCAAUGAAGGUGGUCAUGAAGAGCAGUGACAUGGAUUACCUCAGCAUUCCUGGUCAUCCUACACCCCUUCCGUUAGAGGUUGCUCUAACCAUUCUUGCCAACAAUGGUCCGACCGUUCCUCAGAUAAUCCAGAUGCUGGAGUGGCAGGAGCGUCCCGACUCCUACAUAAUGAUCUUGGAGCGUCCCUCACCCUGCGAAGACCUUUUUGAUUUCUUGGAGCGGCACUUAGGAACCCUCAGCGAGAACAUGACACGGCACAUCAUGUGGCAGGUAGUGCAGGCUGCCCACAUGUGCUGUCAGCGAGGGGUCCUCCAUCGGGACAUUAAAUUAGAAAACCUGCUGAUCAACAAGGAAACUUUGGAAGUUAAACUCAUCGACUUUGGCUGCGGUGACCUUCUGAAGACCUCAGCAUAUACAACAUUCUGUGGGACUGAAGAUUACUGUCCACCUGAAUUUAGAUCCAGUGGCAGGUACCAUGGAAAGGCGGCAACCGUUUGGUCACUGGGGGUUCUCCUGUAUGAGCUGCUGUGUGGAGAACCUCCAAAACACAGUGACCUGGACUUGACAGAUGAAAGGAUUUGGAUCAAACCUGGAUUGUCAAAAGAGUGCUGCCAACUGGUCCAGUCCUGCCUGCAGAGGAGCCCCAGGAAGAGGAUCGCUUUGGGGAAACUCAGCAGCCAUCGCUGGUUCAAGGUAUUCAAUUCUACAUUUUCUUUCUUGAGCAUUUUUAUACAGGAGGUGUGUACUAGUGUAACAUGGAGACCAACAUAUGUGUGUGUUGCUUGUUUCAGGUCACCAGAUAAAGAAAAAAACAGAAGUUCCAGACCCCUCCAUCAAGACGAUUAUAUUAUCUGAUCUUCUACAUCUUCUUGUCAUGAGACUCAAAUAAAUUAUUGUUUUAUAAACACCGUUGUGCCUGAACGUCCUGUGAUGGAUUGAUGAGAAAAUGUGCCUGCAAGAAGCAAACCAGAGCUGAUUCUCAACACUAACCCAGUUCCAGUGCUGUGUGUCAACACUGUCCUCAUCUGUCAACACUUACAGAUCCUGACAAAA